AUGACCAUCCAUCAACUCAGCGGCAAAGACUCCGGUCUAUUCCGACCCCUGACUAUCUCCAAUGGCAAAAUCACCCUUCAACACCGUGUGGUUCACGCGCCGUUGACCCGCAACCGUGGCGAGCCAUUGAAGGCUUCCACCCCAGAGAAUCCCAAUCGAAUCUGGGUUCCUGGGGACCUCAUGGUGGAGUAUUACUCCCAACGGGCAACUGAAGGUGGCUUGAUGAUAUCCGAGGGCAUCCCACCAUCACUGGAGAGCAAUGGAAUGCCCGGAGUUCCGGGCCUCUUCAUCCCCGAACAGGCCCGCGGCUGGAAACGCGUCGUUGACGCCGUGCAUGCAAAGGGAGGAUUUAUUUUCUGCCAGCUGUGGCACGCAGGCCGAGCGACAAUCCCACAGAUGACCGGAUCGCCCGCUGUCUGUCCCUCGGCAAGCGUGUGGGAUUCCCCAACGGAGUGUUAUUCGCACCCGCCCGAGGGCUCCACUUCGCCCGUGUUGUACGCGAAACAUCCACCGGUCGAAAUGACAGUGGAACACAUCCAGAAAACUAUCGCUGAUUAUUGUGCUGCUGCCAAGACCGCCAUUGAAAUUGGGUUCGAUGGUGUUGAAAUCCAUGCUGGUAAUGGUUACUUGCCUGAGCAGUUUUUAAGUUCCAACAUCAAUAAGCGGGAGGAUGGCUAUGGUGGUACCCCCGAGAAGAGGUGCCAGUUUGUCUUUGAGCUUAUGAGUGCUGUUGCUGCGACGGUUGGCGAGGAGAAUUUGUCGAUUCGCUUGUCGCCGUUUGGUUUGUUUAAUCAGGCGCGUGGGGAGCAGCGGUUGGAGACUUGGUCGUAUCUCUGUGAGGGCUUGAAGAAGUCCUUGCCGGCGCUGUCUUAUGUUAGCUUUAUUGAGCCGCGCUAUGAGCAAAUCUUCGAUGUUGAAACUAAGGACAAGUUCCUUGAGAGCUGGGGUCUAGCAGACGUGACCCUCGAUCGCUUCCGUCAGAUCUUCGGCUCCACCCCCUUCUUCUCCGGUGGUGGGUGGAAUGAAGAGAAUUCCUGGGGAGUGGUCGAGUCCGGCAAGUAUGAUGGUAUGGUCUAUGGCCGGUACUACAUCAGCAACCCGGACUUUGUCCGCCGCCUGAAGGAGAAGUUGCCCUUGACUCCUUAUGACCGAACUCGCUUCUAUGGUCCAUUCGAGGAUAAUGCUUUCCACUACAUCGAUUACCCUACAGUGGAUCAGAGCUAG